AGUCUGUUAAAUAUUUUCUGUUUUCUAUCGAUUAAUUUUAGAAAAUACUAUUUUUUCUUAUAAAUCUACUUCUAAUUGUAGCAUUUUUUUUAUUUGUUUCAAUAAAAAGAAUUGUAUUGCAUGCCAAUUUCAUUCGUUUGCAUCAGACUUUCCAACAAUAAUAUAACAUAGAAUUCUAUAUUUUUUCCGAAAUUGAACAAUUUCAAUCUAACCUCACUUUUCUCUUGUUCCAACCCAUAACCACACUUUUGAAUUGUUAUUGCUACGUGUUAUUUUUGUAAAUAAUGAAGGACAAUUGUGAAUCUUUUGACGUGGCAAAAUAUUUUGCACAAGAGAUGGAGAAGGAUAAGAAUCUGUCUGCCGGAAUUGCAGCCAUCAAAACAUUGCUGAUGGUCUUGGAAAAGACAAAAUUUGAUACAGUCCAGGAGCUGCAUACCACGAUUAAAACAGCCAUUGCAACAAUGAAGGAAACUGAACAACCCCUGACUGCCGUAAUUUCCGGAUGUGAGCUGUUUUCUCGUUUCAUCACCCUGGCUAAAAUUGAUGAUGUUACAAUGGAAGAAUGCAGGACCAUCAUGCUACAUCGCGGGAAUGUCUUUCUACAGAAGCUACUCGAAGCCCGACAAAUUAUUGCGAAGCAGGCAUCGCUUUUUGUCCAAGACGGUUGCAGGAUUCUUACACACUCUCGCUCUCGAGUUGUUCUGGAAGCCCUUACUGUAGCAGCUCAAUCCAAUAAGCGCUUCCAUGUUUUUAUCACUCGUAGCUCCUCUGACAAUGAAGGGGAGCGCAUGAGGACAGAUCUCGAGAAAUAUGGAAUUGAUUGUACCCUAAUUCUGGAUUCGGCCAUAGGAUAUGUGAUGGAGAAUGUGGAUAUGGUAUUUGUUGGUGCUGAGGGAGUUGUUGAGAGUGGCGGAAUCAUCAAUCGCAUUGGUACCCUUACAAUGGCUCUGUGUGCAAAGGAAAUGAAGAAACCAUUCUACGUGCUGGCUGAGAGCUUCAAAUUUUCUCGUCUCUACCCACUUAAUCAGCGUGAUCUGCCCAAUGAGUACAAGUAUCCACGGAAAUCUCUCAAAGGGGAUCUCUCAAAAACCCAUCCACAGGUUGACUACACCCCACCAGCCUACAUUACCCUCCUAUUCACAGAUCUAGGAGUCUUGACACCUUCUGCCGUCAGUGAUGAGCUCAUAAAACUCUAUCUGUAGGUAGUAAAUGAAUAUUAAAAAAGAAAUACAAGAAAUAUCAGAUAAAA